AUGUCACAAACACCUUUGCCGCCACCCCCUCCUCCACAAUGGGUUGUUGCGCUCAACUCCCCGAUGCCGCGCCCUUCAAAGGCCGCAUCUAGUAUUCCAGACCCUCCAGGAUUCUCGAGCAGCCGGGGAGGCAAGCAGCGCCAACAGCAGCAGCAACAGGCUACAGCCAAGAAACCCGAAGAUACCGAUGCGCUUAAGAUGAAGAAGGCAUGGGAGAUCGCCAUCGCCCCGUCCAAGCAGAUCCCGAUGAACGCCAUCAUGAUGUACAUGUCCGGCAACAGCCUUCAGAUUUUCAGCAUUAUGAUGGUUAUGAUGCUGUUCAAGGGUCCUAUUCAGGGCUUGAUUAAUACCAACGCGGCGUUCGCCAAGUACGAGACCGAGUCGACACAUUCACGUCUGCUAGGAGUGAAGAUUGUCUACAUGUUGAUGCAGCUGCUAUUGUUGGCAUUAGGAAUUUGGAAGGUUAAUGCGAUGGGUCUAUUGCCAACCACGAGAUCGGAUUGGCUAGCGUGGGAGUCGGAACGUCAACCCUUGGAGCAUGCCCAUUUUGCUUUCAGGUGA